AUGGACUGGAGAUUCAAAAGUGGAAAGCCAGGGGUGCUGUUCAAAUUGGAUAUUGAAAAAGUUUUUGACAAAGUGAGUUGGUCCUAUUUGAUCAAUAUGUUGAGACGCACGGGAUUUGAGGAAAGAUGGUUAAGAUGGAUUAAAUUUUGUAUCUCAACUGUCAAAUACUCUGUUUUGGUAAAUAGGGGGCUUGUGGGGUUCUUCUCUCCUCAAAGAAGCAUCAGGCAAGGUGACCCUAUUUCACCUUUCCUCUUUAUUCUUGUCAUGGAAAGGCAUAGUAAAAUGCUACAAAAAUCCAGGCAGCUUCACUGGAUAGAGGGCUUCAAAAUAGUAAGGAAUAACGGGUCCCAAGCUACAGUUUCACAUUUGCUUUAUGCAGAUUACACUCUGGUCAUCUGUGGAGCUGAGAGAUCCCAAGUGAUCCACCUAAAUCUAACUUUGUCUGUUUUUGAAGCUAUCUCAGGGAUACACAUGAACAUGCAAAACAGUACCAUAUUCCCCGUAAAUGAAGUUGCCAAUCUGGAAGAAUUGGCAGGCCUUAUGGGCUGCAAUAUUGGCUCUUUUCCUUUUAGCUACCUUGGUCUUCCUUGGGUGCUAAAUCCAAUUCCAUAG